GGUGCCCUGGUGAUCAGUGUGCCUGAGGAGUUGCUGACUGCUAUGAUGAAGAGCAGAAGCCCAGGACCAGUUGUAAUUCACAUGUCCAGUGACAGGGAAGUUAGGAACUCUGCUUUAGAGCAUGCAGUUGGUCCUCCUGUACAACAGAAUGAUAUCCAGCCAGAUUCUGAAUAUAAAGACAAUCAAGAGAUGAAAAAUCUUCCAACAAAAGAGAGGGUUGCUCUUGUGGAAAAUAUUCCUGAAGGGAUCAACUAUUCAGACAGUGCACCAUCCCAUUUGUCUCUUUUCCAAGGCUGGAUGAAUUUGCUUAAUAUGGCUGAAAAGUCUGUUGACAUAGUAUCUUCCCAGUGGGACCUCAAUCACAGUCAUCCAUCAGCAUGCCAGGGUCAGCGUCUUUUUGAAAAAUUGCUUGAACUGGCAUCCCGAAAUAUUGAGAUAAAACUAGUGAGUGAUAUACUGCCUGUGGAAUCAAAGGUAUUAAACGACUUGAAAACAAAGGGUGCUGAAGUGUUGUAUAUGAACAUGUCAGCGUACAAUGAAGGCCGGCUUCAGUCAUCUUUCUGGAUUGUUGAUAAACAGCAUGUGUACAUUGGAAGUGCCAGCCUGGACUGGAGAUCAUUGGGACAGAUGAAGGAACUUGGUAUCAUCGUAUACAACUGCAGCUGCCUAGUCCUGGAUUUACAAAGGAUAUUUGCCCUGUAUAGCUCAUUAAGAUACAAGAAUAAAUUACCUCCGAGUUGGUCUAAGAGACUAUAUGGAGUGUACGAUACUCAAAAUAAACUGACACUGCAGCUGAACGAGACAAAAUCAGAAGCUUUUGUGUCGAAUUCACCUAAACUCUUCUGCCCAAAGGACAGAGUCCUGGAUAUUGAAGCUAUAUACAGUGUUAUCGAUGAUGCAAAGCAGUUUGUGUACAUCGCUGUCAUGGACUACUUGCCGAUCGUCAUUGACACCAAUGCUAAACGGUACUGGCCAUAUUUAGAUGGGAAGAUAAGAGAAGCAUUAGUUUUACGAAGUAUUAAAGUACGGCUUCUCAUAAGUUUCUCAAGAGACACGGAUCCCCUUACUUUUAACUUUGUUUCAUCUCUGAAAGCUAUUUGCACUGAAGUUCCAAGCUGUAGUUUGAAAGUUAAAUUCUUUGACCUUGAGGAAGAGAGUGCAUGCUUCCUUAAAGAACAGAAGAACACUUCCCUUCCCAAAUUAAAUCGUAACAAAUAUAUGGUGACUGAUGGAGCUGCAUACAUUGGUAAUUUUGAUUGGGUAGGAAAUGCUUUUACGCAGAACGCUGGAGCUGGCCUUGUUAUCAACCAAGCAGACGCGGGGAACAGCACAAGCAUCAUUAAGCAACUCAAGGCUGUUUUUGAAAGGGACUGGUAUUCACAUUAUGCCAAAAGUUUACAACCAACAAAAAUCCCAAACUGCUUUAAUCACAAACUGAAUAAAGCAGCAUCGAAUAAGACUGCCAUGAGCAACGUGAAUUAG